ACUUUACGGUAGUCUUGAAAAAAAAUGUAAUUUAAACUUUGUUUAAACCAUUAAGAUUAAUUGCAUGUCUAUUUCACAGUUUUAUAAAUUAAGGCAUACCAUCUUUUUAAAACGUUACUAAACGAAUGUCUUUUUGUAUAUUGUUCUGUCGUGGGUUGAAUUGAGUGUAAAAUAAUCUAAUAUAUCAUUUGAAAAAACAUCAGUUAAUUCAAAGGUAAUAUACUAAUAUGACGGGAGAUUCGGAAAAAACAUAUUGUUUUAAAAGUGAAAAUAAAUUCAUCGUCAAAAGUGGUUGUAAAAAACGUAUGUGGAGGUCUUUAAAGCAAAUAUUAACGGCUGAAAGGGCUCUACCAUGGCAUAAUGAGGCAGUUUUGUAUUACUCCAUCAAUGCACCUCCAUCAUUCAGACCUAACAAGAAGUAUUCAGAUAUAUCGGGCCUUCCAGCUCCAUAUAUAGAUCGGCACUCAAAACUUUUUUACAGUAAUGUUGAAGAAUUUGCAACAGUAAGAAGUCUACCGAUGGACAUCACUGCAGGUUACCUAUUAUUGAGGGGAGCUAACACUAUGGUUGGGUGAAUACAAGACAACAAAUGAUAACAGACUUAAAGACUGGGAAGACUAAUUUGCACUGCAAACCUGUGUUAAUUGAAUUGUGGUACUAAGUAAAUAGAAAUUGAUUACUUUACAUCCAUAUACUGUAAAAUAGUGUUGAUAAUUGUGUAAUAAAUUGAAUUAUUACAUUAAAAAAUGUGUUCUAUAAGCAAAACAAUUGGUGAAAUAAGUAAUAUAGUCUGCCACUGAAAACGGUGUCACAAUUCUACUAUUAAUAUAGGCCUGUUUACUAAACUAGCAUAUCAGCAAUGAUCAAUUAUUUUUAACUUCACCAGUAUUGUUGGUGUAACUCUUUCAAUUUACCUAUUACCUUAUGGCUAGGGUAUGAAGAUUAUUUUUAGAUAGGAGGUAGAUGCUGUUCAUUAGAGUAAACUUUAAAGUAUUGACAUCUUUUUA